CCUCCCCAACAGCAACGUAACCCAUAACUCGAAGUCUUCCCUCCCCUCUCAUCUUUCUCUCUCUACAACCCACAAACCUUCACCACCCCCGAAAACACAAAAAUCAAAAUGCGUCUCCCAAUUCUAACCCCCCUCCUUACCCUCGCCCUCGCGACCCUCACGACCGCAACCUCUGAACUCGGCAUCGAAGUCACCCACCCGGUCGAAUGCACCCGCAAGACCCAGAAGGGCGAUACCGUGCACAUGCACUACCGCGGUACGCUCGCGGCCGACGGGUCUGAGUUCGACGCCAGCUAUAAGCGCGGCCAGCCGUUGGUGUUUCCGCUUGGUGCUGGGCGGGUUAUUAAAGGGUGGGACCAAGGUCUGCUCGAUAUGUGCAUCGGCGAGAAGCGCACGUUGACGAUUCCCCCGGAGUUUGGAUAUGGGGAUCGUGGCGUGGGACCCAUCCCUGGUGGGGCGACGUUGAUCUUUGAGACGGAGUUGGUCGGGAUUGAUGGGGUGAAGAAGGAUGAGUUGUGAGUUGGGGAAUGGUUUUGAAAGGAUUUGGGGAGGGCUGGUUUGGCCUCAUGCUUGAUACGUCUUGUUGGUGUGGUUAGAGGUCCAUUGACUGGUUUGGAUCUAUGGUACUAUGCGAUGCUUGUUUUGAGAUAACUCCUGUGUUUGGGUGUUGAAAAUAGGAGGGGAAGAGGGUCCUGCGCCGAAAUAGAGUGAUGUUCAGAUGUUGUUCUAUCUAUAUGGAAGUGUAGAUAUAUACGGUAUUUCACAAAGGUAGGGU